UAACAAAAACCCAGUUACACGCGUUACAUUUCAUCCAAUAUUUUCCGUAUUAGCAUCUGCAUCUGAAGAUACUACUAUAAAAAUUUGGGAUUAUGAGACUGGUGAAUUUGAACGUACUCUCAAAGGUCAUACUAAAUCAGUUCAAGAUAUAGCUUUUGAUCCGAAAGGCAACUUUUUAGUUUCCUGCUCUGCGGAUUUGACAAUAAAAGUUUGGGAUUUGCAGAACGAUUAUAAAUGUGUUAAGACUUUAUAUGGACAUGAUCAUAGUGUUUCUUCGGUUGCAUUCUUACCAUCUGGUGAUAUUAUUGUAUCUGCUUCUCGUGAUAAGACCAUUAAAUUGUGGGAAAUGUCAUCAGGGUAUUGUACUAAGACUUAUAGUGGUCAUUUGGAAUGGGUACGAAUGGUCUCACCAAGUGAGGAUGGAAAAUGGAUUACUACCAGUUCAAAUGACCAGACUUCGCGUCUUUGGGAUGUAACCACCGGAGAGUGCAAAAUGGAAUUUAGAGGUCAUGAUCAUGUUGUAGAAUGUUCAAUUUUUGCUCCUGCUGCUGCAAUUCCCUAUAUACGAGAAAUGAUAGGGCUAGUUGUUGAUCCGAAAGCUAAUUCCAAAGAUCAAAUACUUCCCGGUCAUUAUAUUGUGACAGGAUCAAGGGAUAAAACGAUCAAAGUGUGGGAUUCGACAGGCCAAUGUGUGAAGACAUUGGUCGGUCAUGAUAAUUGGGUGCGUGGUUUAAUUUUUCAUCCCAGCGGCAAAUAUCUUCUCAGCGCAUCUGAUGACAAGACCUUGAAGAUAUGGGAUAUGAGAACUGGUCGAUGCACGAAGACUUUGGAAGCUCAUGCUCAUUUUGUUACGUGUAUUGCAUUUAAUAAAACAAAUCCUGUUGUGGCUACAGGGUCUGUGGAUCAGACGGUGAAAAUUUGGGCACCAUUCAGGUGA